AUGUUGGUUAAGCCAAAGCAUUGCUUUAAACAUGAGUUGCCAAUCUUCUCAUAUAAAAAAGGGGGCAGAGGAGAAGCAAAAGAGAUACCCUCUUUCUCAACAAAGAAUUCAAGCAUCUUCCCACAAGCCCUCCAAGCAACACUCAUCCCAACGGCGGCUAAAAACAAUCAAGACAAUCUUCACCGGACUCCUCAUCGGCAAGAAAGGGUUCAAGUCCCCGACGAAGUGGAGGCGUUAAAGAAGUGCUUGAAAGUAGGAACGGUCGGUAAGCGGCCUAGGGCACAACAAAGGAGUUCAAAGUUGACCAUCUUGUUUAUAGCGAUAGGGGUCAACUCUCUUACUGAAAACCAGUAUUUCCGGAUGAUCAAGUUGAAGAAAUCGAUGGUAGGAAAACACAUACGUGACUCAAACAAGGCGAUUGGGAUCCCAACUUUGCCCUCAGGAGGACUCUAG